GGCCGAGCCGUUCGAUCGUCUUGUGGGCUGUCGAGGGCGCGGCUGUCGGGAUCUUCCCGCCCUCUCGCUUCCCGAGUUGGUUUGGUCCGAUCGCUGGGAAGGAAUUUGCAGAGAGGGACGAAUAAUCGCGAUGCAGCAUUGACUUGGGCAAGGAAGGAUCAGUCAUGGUGAUUGGAGUCGAGAUCACAGCCACAGCUAGCCCCAUCUUGCCAACCCAUUUAGGUUGCUGAAAGCCGACCUAGCUGAAGGCUUUGUUGCUCUGAAGCCCUCUUUUUCUCACAUCGCCUUCAUAUUCUGCCAUAGACAGUAACAGCUGAAAGGUGCAAUUCCGGCCUCUCAAUGCAUGCAGUAUGCAAAUUCUGUUGCUUUACAAGCGAAGCGCACUAAUGCGGUCGGUGAAUGUUCAUGGCAAAUAACACUUCAAAAAGAUUAUCUAGGUCUGUCUUGAUUUUCGUGAGGCUUGGCUAGUGAUAUACAAGAUUCCCCAAAGCACUGGAUUGAUAUACAUCAGUUUUUGUCUUCAGAAGCAAAGAAUGGCCAAAGAAACAGUAGAAGUGGACACCAAAACCACAGAAGAAUGGCUAGGACAUGCCAAUGGGUUGAUUCCAGUAGCCCUAAAGAAAGCAAGGGCCGUGAGCGUUUUCACGGGCAGGUGGAAGAUCAUAAUCUCCAAGCUGGAAAAGGUACCGUCUUGUUUGUCUGAUCUAUCCAGCCAUCCUUGUUUUUCCAAGAACACCCUCUGUAUGGAACAGCUUGUAGCAAUCUCGAGCACUUUAGAGGAAGCCGUUCGAUUGGCUAAAAGAUGCUCUGAGGAAAACUAUGGAGGUAAACUUCAGAUGCAGAGUAAUCUUGAUGCUUUGUCUGCAAAACUGGACUUGAAUCUUCAUGACUGUGGACUCCUUGUUAAAACCGGUGUCCUGGGUGAGGCCACCUUUCCGGUGGUUGUCACAAAAUCAGUGACAGGAGGAAGAUUAGAGCCUGCAAAGUGGACUAUCAGGGAGCUGUUGGCUCGUCUGCAGAUUGGUCACUUGGAGGCUAAGCACCAAGCUCUUGAUAACCUGGUGGAAAUCAUGAAGGAAGAUGAGAAGAGUGUACUGGGUGUUCUGGGAAGAAGCAAUGUCUCUGCUCUCGUUCAGUUGCUAAGUGCAAGUUCUCCUAAGAUUAAGGAGAAAGCUGCUUUUGUGGUUUGCACCUUGGCCGAAUCAGGUACUUGUGAGAAUUUCCUUGUAUCUGAAGGGGUGCUUCCUCCUCUUAUUAGGCUGGUUGAGUCAGGAAGCCCAAUGGCCAAGGAGAAGGCUAUAAUAUCUCUUCAAAGAUUAUCUAUGGCUGUCGAAACUGCUCGUUCCAUCGUUGGGCAUGGUGGCAUUCCCCCACUAAUUGGCAUCUGUCAAACUGGGGCUUCUGUUUCUCAGUCGGCUGCAGCGGGAACUCUAAAGAACCUUUCCGCGGUGCCAGAAGUAAGACAGAUUCUUGCUGAAGAAGGGGUGGUCACGGUCAUGGUAAAUCUUUUGGAUGCCGGAAUUUUGUUGGGUUCUAAGGAGUACGCUGCUGAGUGUUUGCAGAACAUGACGUGCAGCAAUGAGAGCCUUAGGCGGCAAGUGGUCUCUCAAGGUGGGUUGCAGCGUCUUCUGGUGUAUCUUGACGGCCCCUUGCCCCAAGAAUCGGCAGUAGGUGCUGUUCGCAAUUUGGUUGGUUCAGUGCCCUUGGAAGAUCUGAUUUCUUUAGGUCUUCUUCCUCGUCUGGUGCACGUCCUCAAAGCUGGCUCCUUAGGUGCUCAGCAAGCUGCAGCUUCUGCUAUAUGUCGGAUAUGUAAUUCUAUGGAAAUGAGAAGGUUGGUUGGUGAGAUUGGGUGCAUCCCACUACUUGUGAAAAUGCUAGAAGCCAAAACUAACAGUGCUAGGGAGGUCGCUGCCCAAACAAUUGGAAAUCUGCUAAUGUUCCCACAAAACUGCAGAGACAUUAGGAAAGACGACAAAAGUGUGCCCAAUCUCGUCCAAUUACUCGAACCAAGUAUGCAGAAUACAGCGAAGAAGUAUGCUAUCUCUUGCUUGACUGCUCUGUCUUCAAGCAAGAAGUGCAAAAAGCUGAUGAUUUCGUAUGGUGCCAUUGGGUAUCUGAAGAAGUUGUGUGAAUUGGACGUUCCAGGUGCCAAGAAACUGCUGGAGAAGCUAGAGAGAGGGAAGUUACGAAGCUUGUUCAGCCGAAAAUAAACACUAACUAUGCCUUUUAAUCAAUGAGAACUGUUGCUACAUAAGUACCCUGGUAACUCUUGUUUCAUUCUCUCUGUGGAGCAAAUUGUAGUUGGCAAGGUUGGCCUUCUCUUUUGUGUCGUAACUUGUAGAUGUUGCGCGGCUGCAAUGUUAUAUAUCUUGUAAAUUAAACCUCGCUGGUUUUCCUCUUUCUUGGCCUGAUGAAUCUUCUUGGCCGUUCUGUAGUCCUGGAGUUGUUUUCACGCGAAUGAUCCUGCUAAUUAUUGAACCAGGUUGUGUUUUCUCUCUGAA